CCUUCCCCGCGUUGAAGUUGCGGCCAGAGAAAUGGGAGUGGAGCUGUGUGUCCUACUGCUGGUGUUGGGGGGUCUCCCGCUCCAGGUCACUUCAGCAGCUCGCUCUUUCAGCAUCGAUUAUGCCAAUAACUGCUUCCUCAAGGAUGGUGUUCCAUUCCGCUACAUCUCAGGCAGCAUCCAUUACUUCCGUAUACCUCCCGGCUACUGGAAGGAUCGGCUCCUCAAGAUGUACAUGAGUGGUCUUAAUGCUGUGCAGGUCUAUGUGCCCUGGAAUUAUCAUGAGCCAUUGCCUGGUAUAUACAACUUUGCUGGCGAUAGAAACUUGGAGGGAUUCCUGGACCUUGUGGCACAGUUAGGCCUGUUUGUGAUCUUGCGACCCGGACCCUACAUCUGUGCAGAAUGGGAGAUGGGUGGCCUUCCUUUCUGGCUGCUAGCACAGCCAGAUAUUGUCCUGCGCACAACUGACCCAGAUUACUUGCAGGCUGUAGACACGUGGUUGGAUGUCCUGUUGCCCAAGAUCAAACCCCGUCUCUACCACAAUGGAGGCAACAUCAUCAGUGUACAGGUGGAAAAUGAAUAUGGGAGUUACUAUGCCUGUGACUAUGACUACCUUCGCCACUUGCUGUCUGUCUUUCGUGCUCACCUGGGAGAAGAAGUUUUGCUGUUCACCACUGAUGGCCUCAAAGACCCUGAACUCCGGUGUGGGACUAUACAGGGCCUGUAUGCUACUGUGGACUUUGGACCAGGUGUCAACAUGACACAGGCAUUCAAACAGCAGCGACUGUAUGAGCCAAAGGGGCCACUGGUGAAUUCUGAGUACUAUACAGGCUGGCUGGAUUACUGGGGUGAGCCGCACUCCACAAGCAGUGCUGAAGAGGUGGCUCAGGGCCUACAGAAGAUUCUAGAAGUGGGAGCCAACGUCAACAUGUAUAUGUUCCAGGGUGGCACCAAUUUUGGUUACUGGAGUGGUGCUGAUUAUAAGAAGAUAUACAACCCCAUCACUACUAGCUAUGACUACGAUGCACCCCUCUCAGAAGCUGGAGACCCUACUGCCAAGGUGUACGCUAUUCGGUCUGUCAUUGGGAAGUUUCAGGCACUGCCUGCAGGACCAAUGCCACCACCUACCCCGAAGGCUGCAUAUGGCUAUGUGUCUCUGCCAAAGCGUGUAAACCUGCUGGAUAUUCUAGGUCUGCUCUCACCUGUCCAGCCCAUCCGUACCCCUUCACCACUGACCUUUGAGGCUAUGAGUCAGGCCCAUGGCUUCAUCCUUUACCGGACCCUCCUGCCACAUGACAUCAUAGAGCCUGCCUUGCUUAGUGUCCCUAAUGAUGGAGUCCAUGAUCUUGCCUACAUUCUACUCAAUGGACAAUACAAAGGGACACUGGAACGGGACAAAGCGAGUGGAGUGAAGAUGACUGGACAGGCUGGGGAUGUUCUGGAUCUGCUAGUGGAGAACAUGGGUCGUAUCAACUUUGGGGCCAAUGUCAGUGACUUUAAGGGUCUGAUCCACAACGUCACACUGGGAGCAGCCACUCUCAAGGACUGGUUCAUUUACUCUCUGGACAUAGAUUCGGCAGUGGCACAAGCAUGGCCCCCAGUUGCUCCAACAAGCAGGGCGACCACAGGGCCAGCUUUCUACACUGGAACCUUCACAACUCCUGGCAUCAACUGGGACUCUUUUGUGAAGCUCCCCGGAUGGACCAAGGGCCAGCUCUGGAUCAACGGUUUCAACCUGGGCCGUUUCUGGCCAGCUCGUGGUUCCCAGCAAACCCUCUUUGUGCCUGGCUUGCUUCUCAAUUCUUCAGCCCCCAAUGUCAUAACAGUUUUGGAAUUGCAGGGAGCUCCACAGGAGCCUAUCGUGCUCUUCCUUGACCGCCCCCUUUUUAAUUCUACACGCAGCUUCAACAGGAAAGACAUGGAGUAACAGGGACUACCGGCCAGUUGUAAACUGCCUUCCUAUCCCUCUGAGAUCUCAGUUUGUGCGCCUUUUAAUUAUUAAAUGUAAUAUUAAAUAACACAUUGAAUAUA